AUGGAUCGCUAUCAAUCUAACAGGCCGUCGCAAGCCAGUGCGACUACCACAUGCCAGAAAUGCUUGAAGAAAGGCCACUACAGCUACGAAUGCACAGCCCCUCGACAAGACAGACCAUACGUCUCACGACCAUCCCGAAGCCAGCAAUUCUCAAACCCAAAACUUGCCCCAAAGCUCUCCGCUGUUCUUCCUCCCGCAGAUCCCAAGCCAGAAGUCAAGUCAGUAGAAAUGAAGGCAUAUUCCGUCCUGAGUACACAUCUUAACAUGCAAUCAUAG